UAUCCGAUGUGGUGUGCGCAUUACCAGUCCCAGGCCUACAUCCGACUAACGUCCGAACACUAUGAUUAUGAAGCAAAAUGUUGUGAAGAAAAAAGGUGGACUGCUUACUAAUAGAAAACAUUUGGCAAUUUUCCAGACAGUUGUAUAGGGCGCCAAUAGCUAUCAGACGGUCGAGAUCUCCUAUUGCAUCCUGAAAUGUCCGUCAGUGCUCGUUGCUAAGGCGAUCGGUCAGGGUCAGAGACACCUCAUUGGUCCAUGCGUAUGCAUCAAUUGUUGUGAGGAAAUAGUGGACUGUAUUUGACCAACAGGACCGAGAACUGACCAGAUUCAGUCACGUAGGCCCUACGUACUUCACGUACGCCAAACCGCGCGCCACUGUACGUACGUUCGUCGGAAUCCGUCAGUGCCAUUUUCACCUGUAAAGCCUGCCAUGGCCACACAAACAGACAUACGGCACAUCAUGGAGGAAAAGGCCUUGAAGUAUCUAGAGUACUAUGGCUACCUGAGAAGGAGAGUGGGCAAAAGACCGGAAGCGGAAAUGAGGCAAGCCAUCGCGACGUUUCAGAAGGUUGUCGAUCUGAAAGUCACUGGCGCACUGGAAGACGACAUUUUGCGGAAGGUGAAGGAGCCGCGGUGCCUCCGGUCUAACCCCUUCGCCGCCAUGACGGAGGAUAGUGCACCCCCCGUCAGGUGGGGGAGGCAGGAACUGACGUACAGAAUCGUCAAUUACACCCGCGACCUGACCAAGGAAGAGGUGGACGACGCCGUCAAGAGGGCGUUAAAGGUGUGGUCUGACGUCACGCCCCUGGAGUUCGUGGAAACCUCGAAGAAGUCCGACAUUGAGAUGUCGUUCAAGGAGCACCCCAUGGCCCCCCUGGACGGGCCGGGCGGGACCCUGGCGUACGCCUUCUUCCCCGGGCCGGGCAUCGGCGGGGAUGUGCACUUCGACCCGAGCGAGGAUUGGACCGUUCACUCUUUCACGGGCACAAACUUGUUCAUCGUCGCGGCGCACGAGUUCGGGCACAGCCUGGGGCUGGACCAUUCCGACGUGCAGGGUGCCCUCAUGUACCCUUACUACCAGGGGUACACGUCUGACUUCAAACUGCACCAGGACGACAUCAACAGGAUCCAGGCAUUGUACGGCCCCCCUAUUGAUCUCCCUUUCCAGCAGCCGUCGGUGCUGCAGUCAACGAUGCAGUCGUCGCCGUGGCAGCAGUAAUCAUUGGUGAGAGCAUCCGAAACAAUAGUGAACAGCCUUUUUAUUGGCAUAUCUUGCUAAUUGCUGGCAUUUUGCAGCUGGGGGGUUUACUUUCUUUUAUUUCCUUGAAACAAAUGGCCUUUGGGAUUGUUUUUGAUGAUGGGUAGAGCUCUAGAAGUGAUGCUAUGUUGCCGUGUUUGUGUUCUGGGAGGUCAAAGGUCAUUGAGGCCAUUAUACGACGAACUUCUGCCGAUACAAAAAUUAGACUUUUUGACUAAAUGGACAAUUUUGGCUAAGCUACUCGUACCUUGUUAAUGUGACUUUUCAAUAGUUAAACACCCAAGUAUGUGAUUUUUGACAGCUCAUUUCUUAGUGUUUAUCAUAUAACGUUAUUUCAAUUGGAGCUCGACAUGAUGGGCUGUGCCCCUGAGUAGCCGAAUUUGUGGUAAAACGGCGUCAUGGAAGACAAAAGCCACAUUGUUAAAGUCCCGUAAAAGUCCCGUAAACAAGAUAGACACAAAUUACAUAUAAUGUGGCCUGUUUUAACACUUUGAUACAUUCGUGAAGGUUAGACAUCCGGGUAAACGAUGCUUAUAAAAGGCAAAUUAACCUCCUGUUGUGAAUCAUCUGCUACUUGACCAAUUUGCAUCAUCCUUGUGUUGUCCUUUUGGACUUUCAAAACAUUUGUCUUCUCUUUAUUUGCAUAUCAAUUAAUAGUUCGUACUUAUAAA